GAUAGGCGCAGCCUGUUCGCAGGCAACGGGAAGACUGAGCGCGGAUAUUAAAAGUUGACGAAAAUCAAAACAAAAAAGAAUUCGCAAAAAAUGACAUUUCACAGUUCGAAAUCGUUUCACGAUUUGAAAAUAAAGGAUGAUGGAUUUCCUACGCACACAACGGAAGAACAGAGAAGAGUGGAAAGUGCAAUAAUUACUAACUAUGAAUUAAUGGAAGAAAUAUCUGAAGGCAUUUCAGAACUUGUACUAAACAGAAAGAAACAUAUUCAAUAUUGUGUCAAAGGAUUGAAUCAACUGUCCUCGUCUUAUUCUUGUCUUGAUGCAAGUCGACCAUGGCUUUGUUUUUGGAUUCUCCACUCAUUGGAACUUCUUGAUCAACCGAUUACAAAAGAGAUAGCAGAAAGGGUUACAGAAUUUUUAAAAAAAUGUCAAAGUCCACAUGGGGGCUUUGGAGGUGGCCCAGGCCAGUUGCCGCACUUGGCACCAACAUAUGCUGCUGUUUGUGCCAUAGCCAUUGCCGGUAUUUACUAUCCCCAGGCCUAUGAUGCUAUAGACAGAAAAGGUCUGCAAAGGUUUCUGCUAGGGUGUCAUACAGUCGAAGGGGCAUUUAAAAUGCAUCAUGAUGGGGAAGUUGAUAUAAGAGGUGCUUAUUGUGCUGCUGUUGUCGCCAGAAUAACAAAUGUGCACAUGCCAGAAUUAUUCCACAAUACAGGAGAUUGGAUUAAAAGUUGUCAAACAUAUGAGGGAGGAUUUUCUGGUGAACCUGGAGUUGAAGCACAUGGAGGGUACUCAUUCUGUGGUUUUGCUGCCCUGGUCCUCUUAGGUGAAGAAGAUAAAAUUGAUAUAAAAAAGUUACUUAAAUGGACAAGCCAAAGGCAAAUGAGACUAGAGGGUGGUUUUCAGGGGAGGACUAACAAAUUGGUAGACGGUUGCUAUUCUCUGUGGCAAGGAGGUGUUUUUCCUCUACUGCAUCACGUUUUAAAGAAACAAAAUGAUACAGCAUUGAGCAGUGAAAAUUGGAUGUUUGAUCAGGCUGCCCUACAGACAUAUGUAUUGGCAAACUGUCAAUACGCUUCUGGUGGACUGAUUGAUAAACCAGGAAAGAUGCGGGAUUUCUACCACACUUGCUACUGUUUAAGUGGUCUGUCGGUUGCACAGCGUUUUAAUGAAAUGGACAAGGUUCAUCUCAACGUUGUAGGGCGGGAAGACAAUCUAUUGAAUACGACACAUCCACUUUUUAACACAGGAAUGGACAGCGCACUUGAAGCGGUGAAAUAUUACAAUACACUAGAUAUUCCGACUCUGGAGUAACGAAAGGAGUUCAUCUUUAGGUAGAAUGUUCUUCAGAAAAUGCACACGCGGUUAUCCCGUCAGGUUGAAAAUCUGUAGGCCAGAGAAUCUGAUCGCGAGAGAAAAUGUAGGCCAUGAAAAUGAUGAAAUAAAGGUGGAAGGUAGACUGUUAGUUGAAUGAAUGUUGCUUACGAAUCGUUUAUAACUUACAAAGAUAAAUUUAAUUAAAAUCAUCACUGACAUCAUUUGAAAAUAGCUAAAUAUAUGUAAUAUGUAUAAAUUCCAACAAUAAAUAA